AUGGCUACCGAGGAGCUUGAAACCAAAACUCAUAGCGACUAUACCGUGGGAUGGGUUUGUGCCUUGUCGAAGGAACAGACUGCAGCGACUGCCAUGUUAGACAAGAGACAUGGCGAUUUACAAAAUCCACACCGUGACAGUAACACGUAUACCCUUGGGUCUAUCGGCAAGCACAACGUCGUCAUCGCAUGUCUCCCAGAAGGCAGAUACGGCACGAAUGCGGCAGCAAACGUCGUGACUCUGUUGGCCAGAUCAUUCCCCUCUAUCAGAUCCUGUCUUAUGGUGGGAAUCGGAGGCGGCGUUCCAUCAAAUAAAGUGCGACUUGGUGAUGUCGUGGUCAGUAGACCUGAAGGCCAGUUCCCUGGCGUGGUACAGUGGGACAUGGGAAAGACAAAACAAGACGGCCAGUUCGAGCGGAUUGGCGCACUUGAUAAUCCACCGAAAGCUCUACUGACAGCUUUGACCAAGCUGAGAACGGACAACGAACUAAAUGGGUCAAAAAUUUCCAAGUAUCUUAAUGAGUUCAAGGACAGAUACCCCAAAGCGGCGGAGAAAUAUUUGAGAUCGGAUUCACUCGUGGACAUUUUGUUCAAGGCAAGCUACGGUCAUGUCACUCCAGUCAAACCGGACGAGAAUGCUAAGAUAGAGGACGGUGAUGAUGACGACGAGGAAGAGGAAGAGGAGGAUGAAGAAAAGGAUAGUUGUCAAUUCUGUGACAAAACUAAGGUGGUGAAGAGGAAGCCCCGAGAUAUGCGCGUGCAUUACGGUCUUAUCGCGUCCGGCAACCAGGUUAUCAAAGAUGCCCAAUCUCGGGACAAGCUGAAUAGGAACCUUGGCGGUAAUGUUCUCUGCGUUGAAAUGGAGGCGGCUGGCAUUGUGAACAACUUUCCGUGCUUGGUAAUCCGGGGUAUCUGUGACUACUCGGAUUCUCACAAGAACAAGGCUUGGCAGGAGUACGCAGCGGCGGUAGCGGCGGCCUAUGCUAAGGAACUUCUGUUUAUUGUCCAGCCAAAUGAGGUUCAGGGAGACCGUCUCAUCAAGGACGUACUUAAUGAUGUGCAGGUAAUGAAAUGGACUUUGAACGAAAUUGCUGUGGGUCAGAAGCAACACGCUAUUUUUGAAUGGCUGUCUUCACUGAGUCCAUCAGCGCGACACUUCGAGAACCAGAAGAAGCGGGUUAGCAAUACAGGCACGUGGUUACUUAAUGACCCCAAAUUCCUUGAUUGGUCCUCCAAAAUAGCAAAGUGUCAAAGACUAUGCUGUUAUGGAAACCCAGGAGCCGGGAAAACCAUUAUCUCGUCACUUGUGGUUGAUCAUUUAAGAGAACACAUCGUCCCUGGAUCGAAAAUAGGGCUCGGAUACAUAUACUGUGACUAUAGAGACCAGGAAGAACAGACGACAGAAAAAAUUCUUGGCGCAGUACUAACGCAAUUAUUACGAAUUUUACCUGAAAUGCCAGAGGCUGUUUUGAAACUGUAUGGGGAUCGGGUCAAUCAAAAGAAACCGUUGAGCUUGGAAGAUGCAAAAGAUCUUUUCUACAUCACCUGUGCACAGUUCAGCAAAGUAUAUGUUUGCAUAGAUGCACUUGAUGAACUAAGAGAACUGCGGGGCUUUUUGAAGUGCUUACAUGACGGACCUUCUUCGAUUCAGAUAUUCCUUACUGGUCGUCCCCACGUCCAGGAAACUGUCCAGGAAUACUUCAAAGGGGAACAGAGCAUUACAAUCAAGGCUCACGAAAGCGAUAUUCGACUAUUUAUCGAACAUGAAAUCGGUGGCCCCAAUGAUAUUGAGCCUAAAGCCAUGGAUGAGAGGCUGAGAAUGGAUAUUCUUGAGAAAGUUGUCGACUCAGCUAAGGGAAUAUUUCUGCUGCCUACAUUGCAAAUCCGUGCCGUCCUUCAAGCUACUACCUUACGUGAUCGUGAAGAAACUCUGAAAGAAUUGCCGUCAAAUCUUGGUGAAGCCUUCACUGGAACGAUUACUAGAAUACAGCAGCAGCCGGCUGCGCUAUCAGAGCGGGCGGCGAAGAUCAUUGCGUGGAUUCAUUUAGCAGAACGGCCACUUACUAUUGACGAGCUAUUAUACUCAGUUGCAAUUCAGAACGGUGACACUUGUUUUAACCCAAGGGUGAUUGACCAAGAGACAUCCACUGUCCGUUUAGUUCAUUACUCCCUUCAACAACAUCUCCUUCAGCAAAACGAGAUAUUCAAUCUCAAUAAGGUGCAAUGGCAUAGUAAAAUCGCACUUACUUGCCUUACCUUUCUAAAAUUCCCACCUUUGACGGCCGGAGAGGCACUGGAGCAAAAUCACACAAUAGUCACAAUUUUGCGCUACGCUGCAAUACAGUGGGGUCACCACCUUCGAAGGAGUGAAGAAUUGCCUGGUGCAGCACUCGAACUUGGUAAAGAAUACCUUCUUGCCAAUUUCACAAUUCAUUCCGUGAGCUUCCGCCUCUUGUAUAGAGUGAUGUACGCAUAUCCGUUCUACGAGACGCAGCUUAAUGAUGAUGUCUUGCCUGCUCAUAUCGCAGCUUUCUUUGGUCUUCGAGAAAUUAUGCUGCACCUGAGUUCGACAGUGUUGAAUCUAGACAUGGAGGAUGUGCGUCGCCGGACACCGCUAUCAUGGGCUGCAGAGAAUGGACAUGAGGCAGUAGUGAAGGUGCUAAUUAAGAAAGGUGUUGCAGUUGACUCAGUGGAUAAAAAUGGCUGGACACCGCUAUCAUGGGCUGCACGGACGGGGCGUGAGGCAGUAGUGAAGGUGCUGAUUGAGAAAGGUGCAUCAGUGGACUCAGUAGAUAUGAAUGGCCGGACACCGCUAUCAUGGGCUGCAGCGAACGGAUAUGAGGGAGUAGUGAAGGUGCUGAUUGAGAAAGGUGCUGCAGUGGACUCAGUGGGCAGAAAUGGCUGGACACCGCUAUCAUGGGCUGCAGAGAAGGGACAUGAGGCAGUAGUGAAGGUGCUGAUUGAGAAAGGUGCUGCAGUGGACUCAGUGCAUACAAUGGAUCGAACACCACUAUCAUGGGCAGCACGGACGGGGCGUGAGGCAGUAGUGAAGGUGCUGAUUGAGAAAGGUGCAUCAGUGGACUCAGUGGAUAUGAAUGGCCAGACACCGCUAUCAUGGGCUGCAGCGAACGGACGUGAGGGAGUAGUGAAGGUGCUGAUUGAGAAAGGUGCUGUAGACCAGCGCGGUUGCGGGCAGCUUGGGGUCGACGAUGCUUUGAUCAAGUGGGCUCAAUACACGGAUCUGCCGUCUUGA